AGCACUCCACCCGGAAUCCACCCCUCCCGUCGCACUGCUGCCUCCUCCACAUCCCCGUCACGAAGCCUAUUGUGUGGGGCCCAGGGAGUUCAAGUUGAAGGGCCCUGGGCUCCGCGCCUCUGACUGCUCAGCGCUACCUCCCCAUUGGCUCUGAGCAGCUUGCGCUCGGCAAGGGCUGAGCCACAGGGGGAGGCUCUCAUCCAUAAAAGGGGGGUGAGGCACCAGCACUGCCACUCGAAGGGGCUUUGGUGGUGCUCGCAGCCGCCUCUUUGGCACCUCCUUCCAAGCCACAGUCCGGGUGGCCCUUGGAUCUUGGACCGAACACUUGCUGCCACCUGCUCCCUGCCGGGGCAGAAGCUGCCCAGGACCAAGAAGAGAGAGCCCAGGUCAUUUAUCUCCAGGCUUUGAGAUCUGCGAGGGGAGCGGUUGCAGCAGCCUGAGCAGGAGGAAGAACCAAGACAGGAUGGAGUGGCAGGGGCUGGUGCUGGCUGCUUGCCUCCUCGUGCUCCCCUCAGCCUCAGAGAACUGCCUGUCCCGCUGCUCACUGUGUGCUGUGAAGACCCAGGAUGGGCCCAAACCCAUCGACCCCCUGAUUUGCUCCCUGGAAUGCCAGGCUGUCCUCCUACCCACUGAGGAGUGGGAGAGGUGCCAGGCCAUCCUGUCCCUUCUCACUGCCUUGCCCCCGGGGCUCAACAGUGAGGAAGACUCAGAGAGCAAGGCAGCAUUGGAGGAGGUGUACAGUGAGCUGGCCAAGCGCGGGGGGCCCUUCCUGAAAGAGCUGCAGGAAAGCGGGUUCGCACUCGGCUCUCCGGCACAGGACGAUGCUCUGAGCAGGAGCCUGGCCGAGAGGCUCGGGGGUCUCCCUGGCAGGAUGGAGGAGGAACCGGAGCCGGAGCUGAUGGGGGACGCUCAGCUGAAUGAUGACACCCUGGAAGCUGGAGCCCUGGAUGCCGGCGAGGAGGACCCCAGGGAGCAGGUCAAACGCUACGGGGGCUUCUUGCGCAAAUACCCCAAGCGGAGCUCGGAGGGGGCCGGGGAGGGGGAUGGGGUGGGUCACGAGGACUUAUACAAGCGCUACGGUGGCUUCCUGCGGCGCAUCCGCCCCAAGCUCAAGUGGGACAACCAGAAGCGUUAUGGGGGAUUUCUCCGGCGCCAGUUCAAGGUGGUGACCCGGUCUGAGGAGGCCCCUGGCGCCUACCCGGGAGAGCUCUCUGAUGCUUAAACACCUCCCCACUGUGGAGGUGAGUGGGGAGCUUCCCCCAGAGAGGAGUGCUCUCCCUCUUCCUCCUCCGUCCCCCCACCCCGUCCCCACCCUCGGUGCAGCAUUCUCCACAAAGCAUUUUACCCAGCCUGCCUCUCUCCUGCCUGGAGCGCAGUGUCUGUCCGGGCCAGCCAGGGGGAAGGAGGGCGGCUCCCCUCUUCAGGAGGCUUGCGCUUGGCUCAACCCCAGACUUCUAAAACCACCACGGUUCCUGUCCGCCCCUCCUCCACCCCAUUCAUUGGACUCCCCAGGUCCAGAAGCCCAGGCUGGCGCCUUCAUGCCUCUAGAUCUGUUGUCUCCAAACGUUGCUGGCCACAUGCCCCUCUCAGAAGAAUCAGGAGCGCCCCCUUCCCAUGCAGAUGUUCUCAUUUAUUGUAAAGCACAGCAAAGAUGGAAACAAACAAAUGGGUAUCCUCCUGUUUUAUUCCCAAACCUUACAGGACCUCCCGUGCACCCCACUUUGAAGACUGUGUUUUAGGUAAAAUGCUCAGACCCUGCCUUUUAUGGGAGCCGGAGUUCCUACGCUAGAGGGCUCAGGUUCUAGCGGGUUCAAUGUCCAGCCAGUGUGGUGGGACUCUGAGUUCUCCUUGCUGAGAAACACACAUCUGGAAGAACUGAACUCGGGGACAUUAGUCCACGUUGGUACCAUGGACAGCGCCCCACUUCUCCCAGGAGAAGGGAGGGACAGCCCCUUCCUGAGAUGGUGGCAGAGAGCAGUUCUCCCUCUGAAUGCUGAAAUGAUGGUCCAGGAGGGAGCCAGGCAAACCCAUUUGUUCUGUGCAACCAACUCAGAAUGUGGACCAGCUCCCUCAGCCCUCAUUAAACUAAUUAGACUGACGGGCAUCACACUUCCAUCCCGGGAGGAGCUGACGCUGAGUCGAGUUGAUGAGGUUAAGCACAGCCAUGUUCUUGAGCAGCUGAGGCUGCCGCCAAGCGUUUAGGCCAUCUGGCCAGACAUAUGCAGCGGGCACUGAGCAGGGGGGUCCAGGAGCAGCAGUGAGGGAGCGAGGAGGCCCCCCGCCACCCCCAGGAUGGUGCUUUCCUCUUAGUGUCAAAGGGAAGCCAGAGCGAGGAAGGAGAUGAUUAAGUGCUUAAUGCCAAACGAGUUCCCUUGGUUCACACCACCCAGAAUCAGAGGCAGGGAUCUCCCGAUGAUGCCUCGACUUCAACCAGAGUGUUUUCUCUCUCUCUGUCUGUCUCUCCUGCUCACUCAUCCCCAGGCACUAUGGUUUGGUUUGUGGGCCCAGGAGGCUGAGCUGUGUAGGAGAGGGGAUGGACUUGAGUUUGGUUAAUGUGUCUAAGAUCCUACUGAGCACACUGCUUCCUGCACAACCCCCAGCUCUCUCACUAUGUUCUGAUACGUAUUGAUUGUCUUAGGAUUGUUUUGUGUGCUUUUUAAAAAUCCCAUUUAUGCAAUUUUCUUGGAGUUUGCUUGAUCCUUAGUGGGCCUGCAUUAUUUCCCACUCCCUAAGUACAAUAAAUAAAUUAAAUUGCUGAUGA